AACCAUCGGAACCCCUCCCCCCUCCCUCGUCUGGCUUCUCUCUGUAUGACUCCUAUAGCGGCAUGGUCAACACUGCUACCAGCGAGGUGGGUCUGAUGUCUACUGCAUCAGGCAUAAAGAACAAGCUGACCAAGUUGGUCUCCGUACCUGGUCAGAACGGGAACCCUACCUUCGCUGCUGUGGCGGCUGGAUUCGACAAAAGCCCAGGGUGCAGUGCAACGAAGGCGGCUGUGGGGAGCAGAGACAGAGAUGUCCUCCAACACCUCUCCUCUGUAGAGAGUGAUGGAUCAGACAGCUCGGGGUUGUGGAGCCCUGUAGGGAACGGCAGGAGACCCAGCCUCAACUCUGUCAACUCCUUCUCAGCCUUCGGACCCAGCAACACCUUCAACCUGUCUGGAGUGUUCAGUGGGAUGACCUCAGGAAGGAGUGCUAUGGAGCCCCAGCAGAGUUGGCCUGAGUUCAGACAUACCACCCCGUCCGUCUGGCCAAACGAGUCCCUGCAGCCUCUACAGCCCUGGCCCAUCCAGCCCAGCUCCAGCUCCCCUGCUACCCCCACCACGUCCAUCCUGGGCAGCAGUAGCAUGUGGGGCUCCAGCCCUCCAUUCAGCCCCUCCAUCUGGUCCACCAGCCCCCCCUCUGACUCCCCCCUACACUCCUUCUCUUCUUCCUCUGCUUCCCCCCCUGACCGAUCUGAUGGGUAGCACUGACAGUGGAACCCCGCUCCCGGCCCCAACAAAGCCCUCCCCCACGCAGCUGAGCCCCUCCUACAACCCCUGGAGCAUGUGGAGGCCCACCUUCAGUAGACGAAGCUCGGAGCCCUGGCCCAACCAAUCGGACAGCAGCACCGGCUGAAGGGGAUGCCACCGCGGUCUCCUCCCACUGAUAGACUGAGAAGAAGAUGAAUGCAUUUUCCCCUGUUUUGAAUUUCACCAAAUUCCUAUUAUAAUGUACACAUUGGAUUUCUAAGCAAAUUAUGUCCUCAGAAUUAGUCUGUUUCUAUGACGACUUGGCAAACUUAUCAACAAAACAAUAUUAGUAGAAGAAUCAUAAAGGAAGAAUCCUUAUCAGACUGACAUAAUAUGGUUAAAUGCAGCUGUUUUUUUUCCAAAUCCAUCCUCGGUAAUGUUUUUGAUAGCAGUGACGGACCUAAGUGCAAUCAGGAACAAUCUGAGAAAUAAUAUUCUGUUCAUUAUUUAGUACUGCUGUUUUGGUAUUACAUUCGAGUUACUUAUUGGAUUCAAGCACAGUGUUUAAGCCUGAUCAUCGCUCCAUUAGAGAUUAUUAUUUAAGGGUUACAAUCAGUUAAGACUGGCAGUAAAGGGAUUUUUUUUGUUGUUGUGAAAAGUCAUUUUCAUGACUGCUGUGUCAAGUUGAUGCCAGUGGCAUCAGAAGACCAUGACUUUACGUUUCUAUGCCAUUUCAAGCCUGAACACAUUUAGUUUUAUUUGUCGAACAACUCACAACAUUCAUGGCCAAUAUUGGCGAGAGAUGCUUUUUAAGUUAUUUUAAUUACCAUGCUAAGUUUUAAAGUCUGUUAAAAGAGAGGGUUUUCAUUUCCUUUUUAAACAGUUUGAAAAAUGUUGGUGGAUACAAAGCUUCCCCUCUUUCUGACAUGUUGGUAAUGUGGGACAUUUGUCACAGCUUCCAUAUAAAACAUAUGAGACAGUUA